AUUAGAAAAUAGCUAUUUUAUUCCAAGCUGUCAAAAUGGAAACGCUUGCACGGAAGUAGCUCCAACAUCUGUCAAUCGUAGCAAAUUUUCGAAAAAAUGUACAAUUUUAUAACUUGAAAUACACAACUGAGUUGAAACCGCGGAAGUCAAAGGUUUUCAAUAGUUGCGUACCUCGGUGCUGUUACACUGAUGUAAACAUUACUUGAGUGGUUUAGCUCCUUCGUAACAUAGAAAACUGUCGUCAUUUUGAACAUAAACGAGUUCUCCUAUCGUUUUAGUACUUUUCCCCCUUUUAUUAAAAUUAAAAUGCACCGGAGAGGGGUCGGUGCGGGCGCCAUCGCCAAAAAGAAGCUUGCAGAGGCCAAAUACAAAGAGAGAGGAACUGUUCUUGCAGAGGAUCAAAUCGUUCAGAUGUCCAAGCAGCUGGAAACAUUCAAGUCCAACCUGGAGGAGUUUGCCAGCAAGCACAAACAGGAAAUCCGCAAAAGUUCCCAGUUCCGGGUCCAGUUUCAGGAGAUGUGCGCCACUAUUGGAGUUGACCCGCUUGCCUCUGGCAAAGGUUUCUGGUCAGAGAUGCUCGGGGUGGGCGACUUCUACUACGAGCUUGGCGUGCAGAUUAUUGAGGUUUGCUUGGCCCUCAAGCACAGAAACGGAGGACUCAUGACUUUGGAUGAACUGCAUCACAGGGUUCUUAAGAGUCGCGGUAAAUACGCUCAGGAUGUCAGCCAGGAUGAUUUGGUUCGAGCUAUCAAGAAACUCAAAGUCAUGGGCAACGGUUUCGGGAUGAUUCCGGUGGGUGGCUCCUACUUGGUGCAGUCCGUUCCGGCGGAGCUCAACAUGGACCACACGGUGGUCCUCCAACUGGCUGAAAAGAAGGGCUACGUGACGGUGAGUGAAAUUAAAGACGGUCUCAAGUGGGAGAACGACCGAGCGAGUCACGUCCUGGACGACCUGCUGAAGGAGGGCCUGGCCUGGCUGGACUCUCAGGCAUCGGGCGAGCCGCAGUACUGGCUGCCCGCCCUCUUCUCGGAGCUCACCUCCCGUGAUGUCACGCCCGAGGAGGCCAAUCAGAUGAGCCCCUGACCAAACCCUGGAUGAGGAUUUAGCCCAUAAUGUGCCAGCGCAAGGGUGUGGGGGGGUGUUAUGGACACACGUGACUGUACAAAAUGCCAGUACAAUGAACCCCCAUGAUCAGACACACCCGCAAUAUGUGAUAAUUCACGAUAUAAGAACGCCAAAACACACACAGAGCAAACGACACUUCUCCGCCUCUUCUUCUUGCUCCUAAUUACACCACUUCUCUUCUACAAGUUCUCAGUACUGCUCAUCCUGUUGUGUAACAAUUUAAUACUGGCUUGCAAAACUAAAUGAAUUCCGUAAACACUGAUUAAAAAAAAA